AUGGGCGAACUCAACUUCUUCCUUGGUCUUCAAAUCAAACAAGGAAAAGAAGGAACUUUCGUUGGCCAAACCAAAUAUUGCAAAGAAUUGCUCAAAAGAUUUGGAAUGGACAAUGUUAAGGCAAUGGACACACCAAUGAGCACUACUUGCUACCUUGACAAAGAUGAACAAGGUAAAAACAUAGAUGUAAAGAAGUAUAGAGGCAUGAUAGGAUCAUUACUUUAUCUAACGGCAAGUAGGCCAGAUAUCAUGUUUAGUGUAUGCAUGUGUGUGAGAUACCAAGCUAAUCCUAAGGAAUCUCACUUAAGUGCGGUGAAAAGGAUUCUGAAGUAUCUCAUAGGAACAUUAAAUGUUGGAUUGUGGUAUCCAAAAGGAUCCACUUGUGAUUUGAUUAGUUAUUCCGAUUCCGAUUUUGCCGGUUGCAAAUUGGAUAGGAAAAGCACUAGCGGCACUUGUCACUUGCUAGGAAACUCUCUUGUUUCAUGGCAUAGUAAGAAACAAGUGUAG